AUGGGAAUAGAGAUCGAUGAAUCCUGCUUAACAACUUUAUUCUUUGGUGAUGACCAGGUUAUCAUUGCGAACUGUGAAGAAGAUAUCGACUAUAUGCUAAGAAAACUUAAGGAAGAGUACGAAAAAUGGGGGCUGAACAUAAAUAUGAAGAAAACAGAGUACUUGCAUAUAGGAGGAGAACAAGAAGAAGAAGACCCCAGCUUACAACUGCGAGAGAUAAGAUCGUGCAAAGAAUACAAAUACUUGGGAAGCAUCAUAUCAAAAGAGGGAACAUCGGAUAACGACAUAGCAUAUAGAGUUCAACAGGGGAAGAAAUGCGUGCGAAUAUUAAAUUCUCUACUUUGGUCCAGUCAGAUAAGUUUGAAUACAAAGAUGACAAUUUACAGAGCGAUUGUAGAGCCCAUAAUGACUUAUGGAUCAGAGUGCUGGCAGUUAUCCGUAAAGAACAAGAGGAGCAUCGAUACUGUGGAGGUUGACUUUCUCAGAAGAGCAAAUAGGGUGUCUAGAUUGGAACAUAUACCAAAUGCAGAGAUAAGAAGAAGAUCAAAGAGAGUUCACACCACCUCUGAACAAAUAGAAACGAGACAGCUUAUAUGGUAUGGACACGUAAUGAGGAUGGAUAACACGAGAUGGCCGAAGAGAGCUCUCAAUUAUGCACCAAUAAAUAGAAGAAAGAAAGGAAGACCAGCAAUAUCAUGGAUGAAGGGCAUAGAAAAUACAAUGAGAGAUAGAGCAAUAGCUGAGGAUGAAUGGAGGGAUAGAAAACGAUGGCGAUCGAAAUGCGGGAUGCGGCAGAGGCCGUAG